UUUGAAACACAUUUCCGGGCGUUUGAAAAUGUAUAAAUAUUCCGAAUUUCAGUAUAGACAAAAUCAAACCCACACGAACCAGCGAAGAUCGUAGAGAUUCCCAGAUCGCUAAGCUAUAAUGUUGGCACCACGAAAGGUUGAUGGCCGUUGGGGUUCGCCGCCCGAGGCCUCCGAAAAGGAUAAGCAGCAUCGACAAUCAAAGGGCAGGGACUCCAAGAAGGAGAAGGACACGCAUAAAGACAAACGGGAGAGUUCAAAGCCAAAGAGUAGAUCUGCGAGCAAGGGGACCAGCCGCAGGAGUACCAUGACACAGAAGUCCACGGAGCACUGCGGCAAAGAUGGGGCGGAGAAGAAGAAGGACAAACAGCCGGAGAAAUCGCGCAAGGAGGCGGUCUACGAUGCCAAGAUGAAUCUCCUGUUUAACGAUUUCUUCGUGAUGCUCGACAGCAGCCCCUUGCCGGAGGAGGUUUUCAGCCCCAACUCGCAGGAGCAUAAAUCCGCGUGGCAGUGGCUCAACAAGCUGACCAACAUGAAGUGCAACACGGUGGACGAUGGGCGCAUUCGCAACGCCUACAUGAGCGCGCUGAGUGUGUGCUUGAAUCAGAAGCGCCUCCACGGGGUCUUUGCCCAGGUGCCGCCGGAGGAGCUCGAGUGGAUGGACUUUGCGGACACCUCGAAUCAUGGGGCGACGGUGCAGGAGACCGCCGCGAACUGUGCCGUGCAGGUCACGUCGAAGAUGUUGCAACAGUUUGCCUCGAUGGGUGGACCACAGCGAUCCUUUGAUCCGUUUAGGGGCAUGCAGCAGCGUCUCAUCGAGCAUUCCGUCGAAUUGGGGCGUCCUCAGUACUUUGGGGCACAGCAAGGGGAGCUUAUGGAUAGCGCUCAGCGAUUCGUGGAAGAACCUCAGUUAUUCAUUGAAGAAGAAUCUCAGGAAUAUCAGCAACAGGAGGAGGAAUACCAGCAGGAACAGCCUGAACAGUCGACCUACGAUCCUUCGGUCUUUCCAGCACCGCCUCAAGCGGGAGAACAGCUGGGGCCCUACUACAAACCGUCGCAAGUGCAGUUCGAGACCUUCGGGUCACCCCCACGCUUCAUUGCGGGAAAUGUCGAUGGACAAGAAUUCGCUCCAUCCGGGGAGACAUUUGAGGAUUUGGGAAACGCUUUCAAAGAGGCUCCUCCGUCCUCUGCUCUGCCCAAGCGUUCGAUUUUGAAGCGGCCCCAGGGCAAUGCCGCAUCUCCCAAGGGGGCAGUGUCCUUCAAUGAGGAUCCAUACUUUGAUGAUGAACUCUGGACUAAAAAUCCAAUACAUUCCUAUAGAAUGGAAUUGGCAAGGCGUUCAUCACCCGACUAUAGAGUUCAAUCGAAACCGAGUAAAUAUAAUACGGGACCCAGAGAAGAUGAUGAUGAGGAUGGAAGCGAGGACAUUCCUGUGGAACAGGCGAUCAAGGGAUCCAUGCAGGAGGAGCACAGGCUCAGGAAAUCAAGCCAGAAGAAGCCCUUGAGUCGGGAAUCAAAGCAGCAGCAGCAGAAAGAACUCGGGCGUAGGGAAUCAAGCCCGAAGGCGAAACAUAACACGAAACACUGGACCCCAGAGACCUCAGAGGAGGAGUACGACGCCAAAGACUCCGAUGAAGUGGGGAAACCAGACCCACAACGCGACAUGAUCUUCCUUAUGGAUUGCAUUCGUCGCGAGUUGCGCGGGGAAACAGCCGAGGGAGCAAACGACUACAUGGAGAGUGAAGUGGCGAGCUACCGGAUAUUCGCCAGCAAAUACAGAAGCAACAGUCCUGAAUACCAGAAGCAAAUGAACAAAGGAGAUCCCGUGGCGGAGCGAACCUAUCUCUUGCUCAACAUGCAGGAGGAUUUAACCAAAUUGUUGUCCAAUGAAGAGAAGAAGAAAUUGAGAGCUUAAAAGUUUCACAAUUUCCAAUUCAA